AUGUCAGAUGAUAUCAGUAGUAAAAGUAGUAGUAGUAGUAGUGGUAGUAAUACAUCAAUUUAUCUUGACUCUUUGCUUUUAUAUCUUUCUAGAUAUUUUCUCUAUACCAAGACACGUAUUGGAUAUUUUUACCAUCGCCGAGAAAUCACCAAAUAUGCACAAGAACAUCCAGAUGGGCAUUCCAAAUGUCAUGCAACAGAAUUCAUGGGUCUUAUGAUAAUACCUGUACCAAUGCUCAAAGACAACUACGCAUACAUCAUAAUUGAAACUCAGAACCGCACAACUGUCGUCGUCGACCCUGGAGAUGCACAUGCAGUACAGGCAGCUCUAAAGAAAGCUGAUGUAGUUCCCUCUGCUGUGUUAACAACACAUAAACACUGUUUAACAGUGAAUUCUGAAGAAUUAUUGUUUUCUCCUUUGAUCUUAUAUUUUGCAGGUCAUGAGUAUGCCGUUCAGAACUUAAAGUUUGCUAUCCACUUAAACCCAGAUAAUGAAAUCACAAGGCAAAAGCUUAAUUGGGCUUCCAAGCAAAGGAAAAAGAUGCUACCCACGUGUCCUUCGAGUCUGCGCGAGGAAAAGUUGUACAACCCAUUCUUGCGUCUUUCUGACAAAGUAAUCUUAGAAUCACUAAAAAUGGAGCAGAAUGAAGAUGAUGAAAAUAACAGCCACAGUUUUCAAGUGCGAGUCCUCAACGAAAUGAGGGAAAGAAAGGAAAUUUACAAUCAAGACGUGUAAUCAUUUAGUAUUUAAUUGACGGUGGUGCUAAAACUCUAAAACUGACAGACUUUAAAUCAAUAUAGACAGAUAUAUAUAUAAAGAUAUAUAUAUGUAUAUAUAUAUAAAGCU